AGCCAGCCUGUGAUGGAAGACUGGGUUUACUGUCUCUCUCUUUUUUGUGCGGUGUUUUCUGCAAGAGUCCUUGGUUUUCCAGGUGGAAAUAUCAGUGUAGCUUGUAAUUCUAUGUUACCUAGUCAUGGUAACUUUGUUUCACAAACUACCGCAGCACCUUACAGGAUCUCCAUAUCCAACACUUCAUUUGACCCAGGAAACAAGAUCACAGUGACUCUACAAGGAAUUGACAAUUCCACUUUUAAAGGAUUUUUACUGCAGGCCCGAGCAGUUAGUGGAGAUGGUAUUGUUGGUACUUUUCAAAUCAUAGAUCCAAACACACAAGGUCUUUUGUGUAACCAAGUUCAGAAUUCGUCAAUGAGUCACACAAAUCGCAACAGCAAGCAAAAUGUAACAGCAAUUUGGGUAGCACCAUCAGGCACAGGAAAUGUACAAUUCAGAGCAACUGUUGUUCAGAAUGUGAGUGUUUUCUGGGCUGAUGUCAGAAGUCAAACUCUUGUGUCUUCCAGCUCCUCUGACUCAACCUCUGGACGUGAAGGCUGUGGAACACAGAAGUUUUGUUUCAUCAGUCCCACUGGGUGUAAUCUGGAUGAUCCAAAUUGUUAUUUCAUGUCUUCUGAGUCACUAGGUGAUGACGCUUUUAAAUUUGAAAUGAGCGGCCUUUCUGAUGGAUAUAUAGCCAUUGGGUUUUCUGAUGAUACACAAAUGGGGAAUGACGACAUUUAUAUCUGUGGUAAGAAUGCAACAGGACAAAUAGAAGUUCAACGUGCCUUUUCAACUGGACGAACUAGACCCGACAUUUUGCCUCUGGGUAAUGUUCAGACCAUAAUGACUUCCUUUAACAAUGGAAUCAUCAACUGCUCUUUCAUUUCAAGUAAUCCCAUAUCGACUCAGUUAAAAGCUGCCAGCAAUUUGUACUUCAUAUUUCUGGCCCAGGGACCAUCAUCAGCUGGACAGAUACAGAAGCAUCCUACGACACCCUUUAUCACUCCUCAGAAAGUGAACAUUUCAAGCUAUGAAGCAGUUGGUAGCACCAGUUCUACACCUUCUAUUAUUAAGGCUCACGGGGCCCUGAUGCUGAUAGCCUGGAUGACCACAGGAAGUAUAGGAAUGAUAUUUGCUAGGUAUUUGAAGAAUGCUAUUGGAAAAACUCUCCUUGGCAAAGAUAUUUGGUUUCAGAUUCAUUUGUCUCUGAUGGUGAUAACCGUCGCAGAAACAAUAACUGCUUUCGUACUGGCCUUUGUAGCAGUAAUGGGAUGGGCUGAUGAUGCAGAAGCUCAUGCUGUCAUCGGAUGCAUUGUCAUGAUUCUUUCUUUCUUUCAACCAGUCAUAGCUUUUUUUCGGCCUUCUCCUCAAAGUAAAAGGAGAUUUAUUUUUAACUGGUUUCAUGCUCUAAAUGCUUUUGUCAUAAAAGUCUUGGCUGUUGCUGUCAUAUUUCUGGGACUGCAGAUGCUUGACCCCUCUCCCAGCCAAUGGAUGGUCAAAACUAUGGGAGGAUUUGUAGGAUGGGAGGCAUUAGUGUACAUAAUGCUUCAUGUAAAUGCUUGGUUGAAAAAGAAAGAGAAAUGUGAAGAUUCACAUAGGAAGAUAAAAAAUGAAAUGAUUCUAUUUUUAAUAUAUAUAUGUGGAAACCUGGCAUUUUUAAUAGCACUACUUGUGGGAAUUGGAAAAUCCUAAAAUGGACGGAAUUUAUCUUGGAGGAAUGAAGAUUAUUCCUAUCUUGAGAUGCUUCUAGAGUAAAUACAAAGAAACAAUGAACACUGAAUAUAUGUUUUAGCAAGUUUUUAAUUUUGUUUGUUUAUAAAUAAUAUUUUAGGUUCUCUAAUUGACACAUUAUCAUUUUCUACGCAAUAAUUGAAAAUAAUUUUUAUAAAUGAGAUUCCAUUAGCUACUUAUUGGAGAUGUUCUACACAGUAUAAUAUGAUGCAGAUAAUUAUUUCUGACGUGAAAGGUAAGAAGGCAGUAUAUA